GCUCGCGGAAUUCCGCCAAGUCUCUCCCCCGGCUUCGUCGUCGUCGAUUGCUGCCCUCGCUUCCGGCUACCUCGCGAAGGGCUCUUCGUGGUCCCGAUCGAGGGAUUCGGGGACCGCGAUCGGAUUAUUCGGCGGUACUCUAUUGUGCCUCGUCACCGUUCGCGGUCGUGCCGAAGGAGAAGUUUCCCGUAAACGAUCGUCGCGACGUUGAUUAUUACUCCCACUCUGCUCCUCGUCGUUCCUGAGAGGGGAGAAGGUGGUUUCUCGAACUCCACGAGGACGUCGGAGUCUCUGUUUCUGUCGGGUUUUCGACGGGCGUCACUUUCAGCGUGUGCAUAUUCACGUUGCGCCGAUUGAUUAAUCUAGCGGCACUAGGAAGUGUCACAUCGUCGUCGCCGGUGUCCCGAAGAGUCAGUCAGGAGGCGGGAAGACAAGGCUCUUGUCGAGGAAGAGGAAGGCUGUCGCCCGGUAUUUAGUCCCGUCAGGCACCCGACCACCAGCCGGCGAUGCCUGCACCGACGUCAGCGGCGGGUGCGGCCGAGGGCGGCCCACCCCGCACCGAACUGCAGGAGUUACAGCUCAAGGCCGGUCAGACAACGGAUGAGUCUCUGGAGAGCACGAGGCGUAUGCUGGCGCUAUGCGAGGAGAGCAAGGAGGCUGGCAUCCGCACUCUGGUCGCACUCGACGACCAGGGAGAACAGCUGGACCGAAUCGAGGAGGGCAUGGACCAGAUUAACGCCGACAUGAAAGAGGCCGAGAAGAAUCUCACUGGAAUGGAAAAGUGCUGUGGCCUUUGUGUUCUUCCCUGUAACAAAGGCGCCAGCUUUAAGGAGGACGAGGGCACGUGGAAGGGCAACGACGAUGGCAAGGUCGUCAACAAUCAACCCCAACGGGUGAUGGACGACCGCAACGGCAUCGGGCCUCAGAGUGGCUACAUCGCCAAGAUUACGAACGACGCGCGCGAAGGGGAGAUGGAGGACAACAUGGGCCAGGUGAACACGAUGAUCGGCAAUCUGAGGAACAUGGCGAUCGACAUGGGCAGCGAGCUCGAGAAUCAGAAUCGGCAGAUCGACAGGAUCAAUCGCAAGGGUGAAUCGAACGAGACGAGGAUACAGGUGGCCAACGAGCGAGCCCAUCAGCUACUCAAGUAAGCGGCCGUACUCUCUGUCGACCACCCCCAUCGGCCGCCACGAGCAUCACUACCAUCACCCUCCACCACUACGACCAUCACCGACAACAACAAUACAACAAGAACAACACCGACACCACCAACAAUCAGCACAAUUUACACUCGACAGCCCACUCAAUUGUUUGCAAGCGGCUUACCUUAUUCGUGUUUCGUUCGUUGUCUCUUCAUUCGCGUCUAAAAAAGAAGACAUCAAGCUUGACGGAAACAAGCUUAAGAGAAAUAUACUUAACGUUGCCAAAAUACUUAACCCUAAACUUGACUGAGUAAGUCAUGUAAAAAAAUACGUAAUUCUGUUUUCUUACUUUAAUUUUAAAAUAGGAAUUAUGUGCAUUGUAUAUAUUUGGGUAAAUUAGAAAUGAUAUUUAAAAAUCGUCGUCAUAUAAAUGGACUUCUGAUCUUUUAGACGAUUUUUAUUUGUGUUAUCUCUUGUGGUGUCUCUUCUAACUUGCGCGUUAACCGCAAUCCGCUAAUUGCAAUCCGCUUUACAAACAAUGCAGCUCAGGAAAAAUUUAUGUAAAAAAAUAAACGCUGAAUUUGUUGUCAUAUUGGUGAGUACUGUUGUAUAAUGUAUCUCCUUUGUAAAAUAAUUCUUUGAGUUCUACUCCCUUAGUUUCUGCUGCAAGUUUAGGGUUAACGCGAGAUCGAGUCACGGAUUUGGAGAUUGAAUUUGAUUUUUGAUUUGAAAUUCGAGUAUUUCCGUCUAAUUUUCCUAAUUUAGGCAUCCGAGGACAUCCGGUGUAAUUUUCGAUCAAAGAUACACUUCAACCAUUGUUACAUGAACAGAAAUAAAAUUUAAUCUCCGAAACACGGGCUCUUUAAUUUUUUACCAUAGCCGCAAUAAUUUGCCGAUGAAGCCUAAAGUAUUCGAAACGAAUCACUUCGAGGCAGAUAAUCGGCAAUAAUCGGCGGAUAAAAUCGGAUAUUAAAAUAUAGAAUUUCUAAUUUAAGACCAGCAGUUUCAUUGUAACGAUCACAAUAAAGUGCCGAUGGAAUUUUUCUCUAGCGUGGCAGAAAUUUCGGGUAUCGUGUAGUUUAAAAAGCGGAACUGUGAAAUUUAAUCUCUGUUUUAAAAGCGAGCACAGCUUCGUUCUUUGUCGACAGGAUUAACAUUAACUUUAACUGUAAAAUUUAAAUUAGAAAGAAAAAAAAAUAUAUAUAUAUCUCGUUAAUUACACAUAUAUACGUACACGUACACGUAUUCGAGAUUAAAUGCACACGACAGUGCAACGAUUAAUCAAUUUUCUUCUUGGUUCAAUCGACUCCGGAGAGGAAUUAUAUUGAAAAGACGAGACGAGAGGAAGCAACAGUAUCACAGUACAAAAACAUUACACUCAUCUCCCUUUGACGAGAAAAAUUACUAAUAUUCUCGUACAAGCAAGCUCGUGCAAGCUUUACUUAUUAUCUCGUUAUAUAUUUAUCACUCUCCGAUUAUAAAUCGCGCUCGAGAGAGCUAUAUUCAACGAUAGCUGAUAUUUUAUCUAUACGCACGCGAGAAAAGCGACAUACUUAAUCUCCCUCUCUUGAAUUUUCCCGAGUUUUCUCCGCGAAGGGCCUUGUUGUUUUCCUUUCCCUUCCAUAUAAAAAAAAAAAUUUUUAAUCGAUUAUACAUGCACAUAUAUACACACACACACAUUCCCGAACUCAAUCUCGAGUAAUCUCGAAAGCGUUUCGGAAUUCUAUCGGGUGUCCCACCCGGAUCCGCGUGCGAGGAACGCGCAAAGAGAGAUCGGUGACACUUGGAGGAGGAAGGGAGUGGAAUCGCGUGCGGAGGACGAAGGAGCACAGGACGAGAAAGAGAAAAAAAAA